AUGUCGAUGCCGCCCAGUUCACCGCGGCUCCCCAGCCCGCCUCCCACGGCGGAAAUACAAAUCGGGCCAGCCUCCCCCUCUGGCAAUGGGGCCGCAAACCGCCAAGCAUCGCAGAUCGAGCAGGCGAUACUCGAAACGAGCUCCAAGCGAAGGAUUCAUCGCGGCACCAAAGCUGCGGACAUGGCAGCUGGCCCCCCGUUGAUGCCCUUGAGCGAGCUCGACUCUGCCUUCCAACUGCAAGAACACCUCGCCGCGUUGCACUACCACCACAGCAAAGGUCGCACCCAACCCAUCACUCGAUCGACGGCUGUCCAGCUCGCGACCCCACCUCCCUCUACAGAUCGUACCCUCUGGCUCUACGAGCUCUGCCGGUUCUUAAUCUCGCAAUGCAACAGCCUAAUUAUUGGAUUCCUCUUCGAUACCCCACCAUGUAGCGCCUCGACGUGUCCCGAGAUGAGAGCCUCAGAGUGGCAAUUCCUCUGCGCCGUCCACGAGCAACCCAAGAGUUGCUGCGCUAUCGAUUACUGCUGCCACACGCUCGAUUGGGCCGCCAAUGUUGUGACCGACCAAAAGAUCUUCCCGAGCCGCUUCGUCGCACUGUCCGAUACCCAUAACAAGAAUAUCGCCAUGAAGAACCUCGUCAAUGUUUUCCGCCGACUACACCGCAUUUUUGCCCACGCCUGGUUCCAGCAUCGCAGUGUUUUCUGGUCUGUCGAGAGGGAAACCGGCCUAUACGUCUUCUUUAAGACAGUAUGCGACAUGUACGACCUCCUCCCUGGCGAGACCUACAAACUUCCCCCCGAAGCUGAGGGACUGGACCCAGAAAAGGCCUCGCAAUUGAGUGCAGUUAGCGAUAAGCAGGCGCAGGCAACACCUGUGAGUGGAUUACCAACCGGAGGGGUCUUCCCCGGGGGCCAAGCUUUCCUGAAAGCAGAAGACGCGCCACGCGCUGAGGACGACCACGGCGUUGGAAGGACGAAUACCAGGCGCCAUAUCCGUAGCAGCCCGUCAACUGGCAGCGCCGUUACUACCGUCAUUGAGGCGGAUGAAGACGAGGGGGCCGAACUUGCGGCAAGAGCCAGAGCGUUGCACAUUGCCUCGGCGGCAUCCGCGGAGCCGGUAUUAGAGGAGGAGGCCGAGCCUGAGGCCGAGGAAGUUCCGGUUAUUGUGGAGGAUUCUGUGAUGCAGGAGUCGGGGGAGUCUGUGGAUUCGUCAUCCGUGGAGGCCGAGACCCCUACGGUUGCCACUGCUGAAUCUACUGUAGCUCCGGUGAAGAGCGAUGAAGACAAGGAAGAGGCUGCUCCCCUUGGGGAUAUUGAACCUGAAGCACCGAGUGAGGAGGAGACAUCUGCGCCGGCGGCAUCUCAGGAACAACGUCAGUCGACUGAAGUAGACGAGGAAGCGCCAUCCGCCGUGACAGACGGAAAGGAAACCUCAGAAUCGAAGGAGAUUCCUUCUACCGAUACUGCGGAGGACGGGGAGCCUUCUGCGGACGCGACUACACUAGUAGAAGAAGCCCCUUCCGAGCCGGUUGAGGAGAAGAGCAUUCCUGCUCCGUCAGAGCCUGAUGCGCCAGCAUCCACCGAGGAACCUAGCGCUGCUGGUGAGCUGAAAGACACAAUUGAAAAGCCUACUGAAGAAAAGGAAAACACUCCCGACGACAUUGAUACCAAUCCCACCGAGGAAAAGAAGGAGUAA